CGCGGAGGCGAACACGCACGUGGCGCUGGCCAGCCAGCUCGCGGACGGCGGCCUCAUCGCGGGCCAGAUGUCCCCGCACCCGAACAGCGUGCACCCACAGCUGUUCCGCGUGUCCAACGACCCGGCCAGCGGGAGAUCACGGGCGUCGGCACGAACGGGUGGCACGUGGACGGCACCCACAAGCUGGUGCCGCAGCUCAUGCAUUCAUUCCACUGCACGGCGGCCGCAGACGGUGGGGACACGUUCUUCCUGCCGCUGGACGAGCUGGCGCCGGCGGAUUCUUGGCCCAGCCGCCCGACGUGCAGGACCGGUGGUCGUCCCUCUGGGUGCGGACCGGCCGCGGCAUCGUGCACCCUUUCGUCCACCGCCACCCCGCGACGGGCCGUCCCUCCCUGUGCCUGUUCAUGGGCUCGCACUUUGUGUCGUUCGACGGCGGGCGCAGAGCCACGGACACGGCCAGUGUCUUCGCGGAGGUGGGCGCGGCCAUCCACGCGGCGCAGCACCUCGUGUAUCGCCACAGGUGGGAGACAGGGGACCUGCUGAUCCACGACAACCUGGCCACCGCACACCUGGCGUCGGCAGGCACCCAGGCGCCCGCCUCGCAGGUCGGCCUGCGCGUCCUGGACCGCGCUGCCGUCGCCGGGGCCAGGCCGCUGCGGGCCUGGGCUCCCGAGCGGCUGCCGGAGCACUCGGGCGGCGGCCAGGAGACGGCUCGUCCUUCAUUGACAUCCAAGAGCGCCGCGGCUUCUUGCGGCGCCUGUGGCACUCACAGAUUCGCCACGACAUGAGCGAGGAACAGCUCGAGGGGCUGCGGGUCGAGUGCGCCGACGCGGGGCUCGACGUCGACGGACAGAUGACGCGAAGGGCGCCAGCUUGGGCGCUGACAGCUGGACGCGACGCCUGGCGGUCACUCGAAAGCGUCACAAGGAGCACC